GUGGUUGCUUCCAAACUUUAAGUGUCUGUUUUGCUAUGGAGCAUCUUCGUUUCUUUCUGCUCUCUAUCUUCCAAAUUUAUCUAUGUUGCUUCGUGAGCAUGGCGGAAGGCCUCAGUGCCAGCACCGACAGAGCAGCCCUUCUGUCUUUCAAGGCCUCAGUUUCUGACCCUCAAACCUUUCUUGGCGGAUGGACUCAUCAAAAUAUUUCUCACUGUACAUGGUACGGUGUCACUUGCUCCAUCAAAGGAGCUCGAGUCCGGUCACUUAGCCUUUCUGGCCUCGGCCUUUCUGGUCCCAUACCCUCUCAUCUCUCAAACCUUAGUUCACUCUUUAUGCUUGACCUUGCCAAUAAUUCAUUUUAUGGCCAGAUUCCAUCUGAGCUUAGUCGUCUCUCCCACCUUCAAUAUGUUUUCCUUGAAAUGAAUUCCAUCAAUGGCACCAUCCCUGUUCUUCUUUCUCAGUGUCAUAACCUUAAGACGAUCCGUUUAAAUGAGAACCAACUUACUGGUAACAUUCCUUCUCAACUAGGUUAUCUGCAAAGACUUGAAGUUCUCCACUUGUCUAUCAAUAACCUCACUGGUGCUAUCCCGGCAACAUUUGGAAAUCUAACCUCUCUCACGAACCUUUCCAUCUCAAGAAAUCAGCUUCUUGGUGAAAUUCCUAGUGAGCUGGGUCGUCUUCGUAACAUUCGUGAGUUUCAUGUAUCCGAGAAUCAGCUUAGUGGAGAGAUUCCAUAUUCUAUUUGGAAUAUUUCUUCUGUGGUCUUCUUGUCUCUAACACGCAACAACCUUACAGGAAAGCUACCGAGUGAUAUGGGUUCUGCUCUUCCAAAUCUCAGGGUGCUUUACUUGGCACGAAACAGGCUUGAAGGAAUAUUGCCCAGUUCCUUAUCCAAUGCCUCACGUAUUCAAUUUCUGGAUCUCUCUUCCAAUGGUUUUCAUGGGCCAAUUCCCCUGUUUGGAGGGAUGAAAGAUCUUCUUCGUUUAAUUAUUGGGAAUAAUUUUUUUCAUUCUACUACAAAGCUUAAUUUCCAGCUAAUUGAUUCUCUCAAAAACUGUACUCGGCUGCAGUAUCUCAUGAUCUUUUCCAACCAGUUGGCUGGUCAACUUCCAAGUUCCGUAGCAAAUCUGUCGACCCAUCUGCAACAGUUUUGUUUUUCUGAUAAUUUAUUGACUGGAAGCUUCCCUCAAGGUAUCGAAAGGUUUCAAGAACUCGUGUCCCUAUCGAUAGAAAAAAAUUCUUUUGUUGGUGAUAUACCAGAAACCAUAGGUAGGCUUAAGAAAAUACAGAAUUUUGCAGCAUACGACAAUAUGUUCUCAGGCGAAAUUCCGGAUAUAUUUGGCAAUUUUACGCAACUCGCUUCUCUAAGGAUAGGAGGAAACCAGUUUUUUGGUAGAAUACCCACUAGCAUCAGAUCUUGCCAGCAAUUGAAUACACUAGAUCUAGCUGCGAAUAUGCUCAAUGCAAGCAUACCAAAGGAGAUUUAUGGGCUUUCCACAUUAGUCAGGUUGAAUUUGCGACAAAAUGCUUUAUCCGGUCCUUUACCUGCAGAAGUUGGUAACUUGAAACAGAUGCAAUUCAUGGAUGUUUCUGACAACCAGUUGUCAGGAAACAUUGCCUCAACAAUUGGUAGCUGUUCAAGCUUGCAACGUCUCUUCAUGGCUGGAAACAACUUCACAGGUUCCAUCCCAAGCACAAUCGGACAAUUAGCAUCUCUCGAGGCCUUGGAUCUCUCUUCAAAUAGACUCACUGGUACAAUCCCUGAAGAGCUAGGACAACUUCAGUAUUUAGUCCAGCUUAACCUGUCCUUCAAUCAUUUGGAAGGUGCAGUUCCAAUGACCGGUGUCUUCAUGAACAUCAGCCAGGAUAAUCUCAAAGGAAACGACAGGCUUUGCCAUGAUAAUCAAACAACAGCAGAAAAAUUGGGACUCCCUCAAUGCACUGCGAAGAGAAGAACCAGGCAUCUUCUGUUGAAGGUCAUACUUCCUGUUGCUAUUGUCGCUUGCUUAAUGAUUAUGUUUUUGUGCUUUGCAUGCAAAGUUAUAUACUGGAAAAAGCAAAAGACGAAGAGAGGCAAAGGAAGGUUGUCCUCUCCUCUAAAGGGGUUGCCUCCAAAGAUAUCUUACUUUGAUAUCCGGCUAGCGACAGACAACUUUUCAAUGGAAAAUUUGAUAGGGAAGGGUGGAUUUGGUUCCGUUUACAAAGGCGUCAUCAGAAAUGUUGAAGAUGGAUCCUCCACUGGAGAAACCAUCCUUGCUGUAAAAGUCCUGGACUUACAACAAAGUAAAGCUGCACGGAGUUUUGCAGCAGAAUGUGAAGCACUGAGGAGUGUAAGGCACAGGAACCUUGUGAAGGUUAUCACUUCUUGCUCUAGCAUUGACCUUAAUGGAGAAGAAUUCAAAGCUUUGGUUAUGGAAUUCAUGUCCCAUGGUAACUUAGAUAAGUGGUUGUAUCAAGAAGAUGAUGAAGAAUCUGGUUUAUACCUAACGUUAUCGCAAAGACUGAAUAUUGCAGUAGAUGUGGCUUCUGCCAUUGAUUACUUGCACCAUGACUGUGAUCCGCCAGUAGUUCAUUGUGAUCUGAAACCUGGAAAUGUGCUAUUAGACGAUGAUAUGGUGGCUCAUGUUGGUGAUUUUGGAUUGGCAAGGUUGCUUCCUCAAAAUCCAUCAGGGAACGACAGUAGCACAAUAGGACUCAAGGGCUCAAUUGGUUACAUAGCUCCAGAGUACGGUCUGGGUGGCAAACCUUCAACCUCCGGGGAUGUCUACAGUUUUGGGAUCCUGCUACUCGAGAUGUUUAUAGCAAAGAAGCCCACUAACGAAAUGUUCAAAGAAGGUUUAAGCUUGAAUAAUUUUGCGACGGCAGUAAAUGAGAAUCAUGUCAUGGAGAUUGCCGAUCCAAGGCUUUUCAAGAACAAUUGGUACAAUUCAUUGCAAAGAACAGACAUUGGUUAUUCUAAUGAUGGCUCCAGCGGAAAUAGCAAUACAAGUAGUGGCAGUACUAUUUAUUCGCUAGACAAAAGCCGAGAGUUGGUAGCUGCUGCUAUAAGAGUUGGUUUGUCAUGUGCAGCUUCUUCGGCGAGAGAUCGUUUAUCCAUGAGAGAAGCCUUAGCGAUGCUGCAAAAGAUCAAGAAAGCAAUGCCCCAGACCUGAGAAAGUGCUUUGCGUAAUAAAUUGUAUUAAUCGAAUCCAACCGAAGUAGGAGUUGAACCCAGUUGAAGUGAAAGUUUAGUUUGAUUAUUUAUGUUCUUUUUUUUUUUUUUGAAAACUUUGAUUUUUUAUAUUCUUAUUCUUCGGGCCUAUUAAAUUUCAUAAAUUAUGCAUUGUAUUCCAUAAAGUUGAUAAAAUCAACAAAAAUUAGUCAU